CGGCAGUUCGCCUGAGGGCGACGAUGUGCUUGCAUAGUCGAUCGACCGAUGAUCAGUGUACACAAGGAUUUAAAAUGAUGAUCGAUCUUUUAUAAUCGUUUCGCGCGAGAAGCCUGGAGAGGGCGCCGUGAAUUUUCGUAUAGUAAUCCAACAUUUACGCACAUCCCUUAGUGCACCAUGCGCGCAACUUUUGCUGUCAGUCGACCACGGUGUCUUUGAUAUAGAAAUCGGAACUUUCUUGAGCCUCGUGUAUACGGAUCGCGUUAUAGCUACUCAGGAUCCAACUAAAAUUCUCGAUCAAUCCGUAUGUGGGUAUUAAUAAUCUGAAAGAUAUAACAGAUAUUAUUUGAAUUCUAAUUAAUACUCUACUGUGAGGUUAUAACGGAACGAAAAAUGGAGAGCAACUUUUCGGGAAAUUUGCGCCAUACCAACAUGUACACGUGGGUUAUCGAAAAUUAUAAGUCAAUUUUCCAUCACUAUGAGGUUGUUAAAAGUAUUGGAUCUCCGCUUAUAAGGCUAUACAACCGCGGUGAUAAAUAUGAAUUUAAAAUAAAAAUAGUGCCACGCCAAUGGAUCGCUAAAACUUUACAUCUUAGCACGAGCAUCGAAACGCUCUCAUGUCCUACUGAUAAUCAAGCGAUGACUCACAUAAGACUAUGGAUUGUCAAGAGCAAAGGAGGCGAAUACGACCCUCAAGAACAAACUUUAUACAUUGCAGAAGGCAAGGCAUGCUUCUCGCAUAACAUCCACCAUAGCAAAGUGACCGAUAACUGCCUUUCCAACGGCAGUCUCACCGUACAGGUUCAAAUUACCUUCCACAAUGACGUCUUCCACGAGGUCGACGAUUAUGCUAUCCUGAACGCACCAGUAAGCCCUUUGUUUAAUUGCAAGCUUUCUGUUCUCGACGCAUACGAGGAGCUUCUCAGCUCUGCUAAAUUCAGCGACAUCACAAUAGUCGUGGUCGACAAGAAAUUCUCGGUGCACAGGAAUAUACUGGCGUGCAGAAGCCCCGUAUUCUCAGCCAUGUUCGAGCACGAGAUGCUCGAGAAGAGGAAGAACGUCGUCGAAAUCAGCGACGUUGAGCCCGAGGUCAUGGCCGAGGUCCUGCGCUUUAUCUACGCGGAUAAAGUUAAUAACAUAGAGAAGUUGGCUGUCGAUCUGCUGAUCGCUGCCGACAAGUACCAGCUGGAGGCUCUCCGACUCAUGUGCGAGGAGGUACUGGUGAAAAAGUUGAAUAUAGAUAACGUUGUGGAAAUCCUGAAGAUCGUCGACCUCUACGCAUCGUGUAGUCGACUUCGAGGUGCACUACUGAAGUUUUUGACGGCAAACAGACAAAAGGUUGCUGAUGUGAAGAAUUUCGACAAAAUCUUUGAGGCGCUCUCGCCGGCUUUGCUGACCGAGAUCACUAAGACGUUCAUGACGAAGUUAUAAUGACGGCACUAUUUAUAUGUUUUUAUCUCGACGAUAUUGUUGCAUUUACAUUUUAAUACAAAAUUCGUUUGUGAAAAUAACGUAUCCCGCUAUACUUUUGUACUUGGCGUACCUACUUUUCAAAAGUAAAAUAAAUGAAACAUUCUCUUCUCAUA